UAUUUUCUGCGAGUACGCAUUUUAGGGUUUUAGAUUUAGAGGACUCAGAAACUCUGCUCUGCGUCGACGGCCAUGGCGGUCGUAGUAGCUCAACCUGAAGUGAAGCUUUUCAACCGAUGGAGCUUCGAGGAAGUCCAGGUUACUGACAUUUCUUUGGUGGAUUACAUUGGUGUAUCUUCAUCUAAGCAUGCCACCUAUGUACCACACACAGCAGGGAGGUACUCGGUCAAAAGAUUCAGGAAGGCACAGUGCCCUAUUGUGGAGAGGCUGACCAAUUCUCUGAUGAUGCAUGGGCGGAACAAUGGGAAGAAACUAAUGGCUGUCCGAAUUAUUAAGCAUGCUAUGGAAAUCAUCCAUCUCCUCACGGACUUGAAUCCUAUUCAAGUAAUUGUUGAUGCAGUGAUCAACAGUGGGCCAAGGGAAGAUGCCACUCGAAUUGGUUCUGCUGGUGUUGUGAGGCGUCAAGCUGUUGAUAUUUCUCCUUUGAGGCGUGUUAAUCAAGCAAUAUAUCUUCUUACAACAGGUGCUCGUGAGAGUGCUUUCAGAAAUAUCAAGACUAUAGCAGAAUGCUUGGCGGAUGAGCUCAUCAAUGCUGCCAAGGGAUCAUCCAACAGUUAUGCCAUCAAGAAGAAGGAUGAGAUUGAGCGAGUUGCUAAAGCCAACCGUUGAGAGGCAUAUAGUUUACUGAGGUUGCUAAUGGCACAAGUGAUCGUUUUUAUUUUGCUUCUGUUUCUUAAACUUUCCUGCAGAGUUGAUUAUACAUGGAUCUUUUCCAGUUUUGUGGUAGGUAAUGUUGUUGCUAAAUAUAUAUUUUGGUCGUUUUUUAUUGUUGUGGGAUUCUCUAUUUAAGAAUCAAACAUUAGAUUAUCU